AUGUUACCUCCACCUAUUAACAUCCAUAAAUGGGUUAAAGAAAAUGAGGACAAAUUGAGGCCUCCAGUGAACAACUUCUGCUUGCAUCGGGGAGGGUUCACAGUGAUGAUAGUAGGUGGUCCGAAUGAAAGAAGUGAUUAUCAUAUCAAUCAAACUCCAGAGUACUUCUACCAAUAUAAAGGUACUAUGUGUUUAAAAGUUGUUGACGAUGGAAAGUUUAGAGACAUUUUCAUCAACGAAGGGGACUCAUUCUUAUUGCCUCCAAACGUGCCUCAUAAUCCAUGUCGUUUCAAAGACACCAUUGGCAUAGUGGUGGAACAGGAUCGCCCAGAGGGUCUCGACGACGCAAUCAGAUGGUACUGUAGUAAAUGUGAAGAGGUUGUGUACCACAAAGAUUUCUAUUUAACUGAUUUGGGAACACAAAUUAAAGAAGCUAUUGUUGCAUUUGACUCAAACCCUGACGCUAAGACGUGUAAAAACUGUGGACAUGUAAACUCAUCCAAGAGGUAA